AUGAGCACGACGCCCGAGGCGCAGGCCGCGACCGCGGCGCAACCCGCGCCCACCCCUGCGGCCGCCACCAACGGCAAGGCCGAGAAGGAGGUGAAGCAAAUGAAGUGGACCUACGAGCGCGACGUGGCUCUCUUGACGCAAGUCGCCGCCGCCGGCCCGCUCGCCUGGCUGACGUCCAAGAUGGGCUACUCCGGCGACCCCGAGCGCACGUACAACCAGGGCGCGGUCUGGGACAAGGCCGGCGAGGGCAUCAUCCCGCAGAUCAAAACGCACGAGGCCUUCGCUGGCGUCACCACCUUCCCCGCGACGACCGCCUUCAUCGUCCACACGAAGCGAGUCGUGCAAAGCAAGGCCAACCUCUACAAGUCGGGCGGCGAGCAGGCCGAGGACGCGCCGGCAGGCAGCCUGGGCACCAAGAACGAGGAGCUCUCCGAUCUGGACCAGCUCAUCAUUGAGGUCGGCACGGCGAUGGAGGAGACGGAGAGGAUCGGGUGCGCAAACAAGGAGGGCAAGGCUCAGGCGGACGCCGACGCGAUGCAGGACGCGCUCGCGAAGCGCACGUACCCCAAAGACGGCGACACCGGCAAGAAGGGGAAGAAGAAGAAGAGAGCCGGGCUCAGACUUAGACGCUGGAAGGCCGGGGGCCAUGAACUUAGACGACAUAAGGCCAACUCCGGGUAA